AUGAAGGACACAACCUUGAGCGUUCUUUGCAAGAUUAUCUCAGAAGGAUGGCCAGAGAAAAGGUCAGAAUGUCCGGCAUACCUCCAUCCAUACUGGAACUAUCGGGACGAGUUGACUGUAUCAAAUGGUAUGAUAUUGAAAGGCUCACGUAUCGUAAUUCCAAGGUUUCUACAGACAGAGGUAUUGCAACAACUACAUUAUGCUCACCAGGGCGCUGAGAAGUGUAAGUUAAGAGCCAAAGGAUCAAUCUUCUGGGCAAAUAUCAAUCGAGAUAUUGAAGAGAUGGUCAAGAGUUGUUCACCCUGUCAACACCAACAGAAUUUGAACACUAAGGAACCCCUUGUGUCACAUGAUGUCCCUUCACGACUUUGGCAUGCUGAUUAUCUACUUGUCACAGAUUAUUAUAGCAAAUUCCCUGCCAUUCGCAAGCUACCAAACCUCCAAUCAUCGACUGUUGUUGCCAAUCUCAAAGCUAUCUUUGAGGAACAUGGUAUUCCGACAAUGGCACACAGUAUACCUCAUCUACCUUUCAGGAAUUUAGUCGUACGUAUGGUUUUACACACGUUACAUCAAGUCCUGUGUACCCUCAAUCUAAUGGUCUUAGUGAAAGAGCAGUACAGACGGUGA